UGCAUCUGCCAAUCAGGUUGUUUGUCUUCCCACAACAGCUGUGAUCUGUUGCUUGACAUGUCUGCCUUGCAGAAAUACACGAAGCAAGACGAUCGGCAGUUGAAAAUCCUAAAAAAAACAUUCUCUCAUUUUUUUUUCUUUUUCCUUUUUCCAUCCUUCAUCAUCUUCCUCUUUUCUUUCUUCUUUCCUAGACACUUCCUUCAUCUCUACUUCCUCUCUUCAAGCCAUGACCUUCUUUGAAGCUACCUGCACCGCGCCCGUCAAUAUUGCCGUCGUCAAGUAUUGGGGCAAGCGUGAUACCUCCUUAAUCCUCCCAACCAACUCAUCCUUGUCUGUCACGCUCUCACAGGAUCAGCUUCACUCCAAGACUACCAUCCGUGCCUCGGCCGAUUUCACAUCAGACCGCCUUUGGUUGAACGGCAUUGAGGAAUCCAUUGAGAAGAACAAGCGCCUUGUUGCAUGUCUCCGUGAAACUCGUGCUCUUCGCGCUCAAAUCGAGGCCAAGGAUGAAUCUGCUCCCAAGUUGUCAGGAUUGAAGAUCCAUAUCUGCUCAGAGAAUAACUUCCCAACAGCUGCUGGAUUGGCUUCUUCUGCUUCUGGUUAUGCCUGUUUGGUUUACACGCUCUCCAAGCUGUUUGAGUUGCCUCUCAAUGCUUCGGAUCUGUCAAUUGUCGCUCGCCAGGGAUCUGGAUCGGCUUGCAGGAGUCUGUUCGGUGGCUUUGUCGCCUGGGAAAUGGGCGAGAAGGAAGACGGAUCGGACAGCAGAGCUGUUCAGGUCGCCCCUGAGACUCACUGGCCAGACUUGCAGGCUUUGAUUUGUGUAGUCUCGGAUGAAAAGAAGGGCACUUCUUCAACUGAGGGAAUGCAAUUGACUGUGAAAACGUCAGCCCUGUUGCAACAUCGUAUCAAGAAUGUGGUUCCCAAGCGCAUGGAGGAGAUGAUCGCCGCUAUUCACAACAAAGAUUUCCCCCGAUUUGCAGAACUCACCAUGCAGGACUCUAACCAGUUCCAUGCUGUCUGCCUCGACACCUACCCGCCAAUCUUCUAUAUGAAUGAUAUCUCAAGAGCCAUCAUCCGCAUCAUUUCGGAAUAUAAUAAGGAUGGUAUCAAGGCCGCUUACACAUUCGAUGCAGGUCCAAAUGCUGUUAUUUAUGCUCCUCAGCAGAAUAUGCGGGAGAUUUAUGCUAUUCUUUCACAUUACUUCCCUGGCCACGCUUUCGAGGACUCCCUUGGAUUGAAGAAGAACGACACUGUUCAUGCGCUUCCUCAAAACUUUGAUACGCGGGUCUCACCUGUCUUCUCCCAGGGUGCUGUCAAACAGAUCCUGCACACCAAGGCUGAUGACGGUCCUCGUGUCCUAGACUCUGCUCAGUAUGGUCUUUUGAAUGCUGAAGGCCUUCCCAAGCGUCUUGCUUAAGCGCACUUAUUGUUCCCUGUCAUAUUUUUUCUUUCAUUAAUAAAACUUUCGCAACACUACGCCUUCUUAUGUUUAUUAUGGCAAAGUAAACUUGCUUACUCAUUUAUUAAUCCAAGUCCUCACCACCUAGCUAGACCUUAUUUAGCUUCUUAAACUUGAACAGAUGUCGAAGGACACGCGCUUCAAUUGAAUUAUCCUGCUGU